AGUACGCGUGUGCGGCGCCAGGAGGGGACAGCUCCGGUGCUGAUGUUGGAGCCGGUUAGCGAACCCCAAGAGUGCAGUGUGUGGAGCUUGGAGCGCGCGGGUUGUGCACGCUUGACCGGAAGCCCGGGUCAGUGCUGUCCUAGCCAGAGAGAAAGAACAUUUGCCAACAAUGAGACACGAAGCGCCCAUGCAGAUGGCCUCUGCCCAAGAUGCCAGGUAUGGCCAGAAAGACUCCUCUGAUCAGAACUUUGACUACAUGUUCAAAUUACUCAUCAUCGGCAAUAGCAGUGUGGGGAAGACAUCUUUUCUAUUCCGUUAUGCAGAUGACUCCUUUACAUCUGCAUUCGUCAGCACAGUGGGGAUCGAUUUCAAAGUAAAAACCGUAUUCAAAAAUGAAAAGAGAAUCAAGCUUCAGAUUUGGGACACAGCAGGCCAGGAAAGAUACCGGACUAUCACCACAGCCUAUUAUCGUGGAGCCAUGGGCUUUAUUUUAAUGUAUGACAUUACAAAUGAAGAAUCCUUCAAUGCAGUACAAGAUUGGUCAACUCAAAUCAAAACGUACUCUUGGGAUAAUGCCCAGGUGAUUCUGGUCGGGAACAAGUGUGACAUGGAAGACGAGCGGGUCAUCUCAACUGAGCGAGGCCAACAUUUAGGAGAACAGCUUGGGUUUGAGUUUUUUGAAACAAGUGCCAAGGAUAACAUUAACGUCAAGCAGACGUUUGAGCGCCUUGUGGAUAUCAUCUGCGACAAAAUGUCAGAGGGUCUGGAGACUGAUCCUGCCAUCUCCGCUGCAAAGCAGAACACAAGACUCAAGGAAACCCCUCCUCCACCGCAGCCCAACUGCGCCUGCUAGUGUCCCCAUGCACACAGGCAGCUCCAGAGGGCUCCAGCUGCCAACAAGCAGCAUUUGUAAAUGGCCUAUUAACCUUCAUUUAUACUGCCUAAUAAUUAUUUGAAGGAAUAAUUUGAUGUCGAUGGCUCAUACAUGCAUUCAAUUCUUGGGAGAUUUCCUGUUUAAUAUGUGGCAAAUAUGUGAUCUUUAAAUUCGUAAGGACUAUCCAUCUAUAAACAUCUAGUACCUGCAUGUGACUUGUUAUUUAUUUGUCUGCUAGGCCUUUUUUUGGUUUCAAAUUUGUUUUCAGACUACUUCUGGGAUAUCAGACUAUAAUUUCACUAUAACUGGCUUUUGUCCCAUCGAUUCAAAUUAUAGUAUUCACUUGUAGGAAUGAUGACCAAGGAAUUUCGCGCGUGUGGGUGUAUGUGUGUGUAUGUGUGUGUGUGUGCAUGCACAGGGGAAGAUGUCAUGAGACUUCAAUUGCUUUACUCUUAAUGGAAAAUCAAAUGGAAGUUUUUCUCCUGAUGAGGGAUGCUGUCAUGAGUCUGUUCAGUUUACUGUUGGCAACUGUGUCUUUAUUUCACUGUUUUUAAUAACUGAGGAGAUCACUGGCCUAUAAAGAAAUUGAAAUGUUGUUUUGAAGAUCCUUGCAAUUUUCCUAAGUCAUUAAUUUUACCUGACUGGGGCUAUUUAACAAUAAUCUUUGAUUACACGUUUAAAUAAGCAAAUACCUACUCAGUACUGUUUUUUUUUUCACUGAUCCUACCCAACCCCUAGAAUAUUUGACAGCAUCGAACAGACUGAGAUGUAUCUACUGAAUGCCAGUUAUGCAACAAGCAUUUUAACCAAGAAGGAUGUGAGUAGCUCUAGAAUCCCAAGGCCCAAGUUUCCUUAUUUUUUAAUGACUUGCCUUCUCCAACCCCCAUAAUGCACACCAUUAUCAUCACCACCAUCACUUUCUGGAACCAUCACCAACUCUUGGACUAGAGCUUAUGUUGAAGCUUGUUAGGGCUCCUCUUACCAUAGGAUGCAGACUUGCCUCCCCAAACAUGGCCAUCUUCUGAAACCUCAGCUAAGCUCUUUUACCUGUUUAAAUGCUACUUAAAUCGGAUUUCAAAGGGUCCCAAGUUGAGGAAAAGAAAAAUUUUAGUCUCUAAUCAUCUUUUUAAGUCCAAAUGUUUAUAAAUUCUAAAGCAUAUUCCUAUUACAUGCAUGGUUAAGUUACACAGCAAACAAACAUUCUGUAACUGUAGUAUUUCAAUUUCUGAAAUAUUUAGGGUCCAUAGCAACUUAAAAGCGGGAAGAAACCAUUGGAACAUUCCAAUUUUGUAUCACAAACUUCCAAAAUAACCUAUAUGAAUAAAGAGCAAAUAAGUCCUACCAGCUGUGCAGAAUGACAGGGAAACCUGGCCUCUGUACCACUGUUGCUAGGAUUUAGGAAGGCAGCAGAGACUGGCAGGUUUGGAAGGAUAGUUCCAUUAAGUAAACCUUCUCCUUUUUUGGUGGUUAUGCCAAAGAAUUUUUUUCAUAUUUUCAAAAAUAGAGAAGCUGCCCAUAAAAGUAUGGGAUGUAAGUGAAACAGACAUACACCUGAAGAUAUCUCUGGAGAAUAAAUCCUUACAAGUUACAGAACUAGGUCACAUACAGUAGUGAGUCAAAAGUUGGAAAUUAGGGGAGAGAGCAUUGGAAUGCUUUAAGCAUUUCCAUGUUAUUUCUUACCUUCCUAGUAAGAACCACUCAUCAGUAGUACGUUUCUACUUUGGAACCCUACAAGGCAAGCCUUAGCAUGGUAAAGACAAGAAAACAUUAAUGUUUUAUUAGUUUUUAAUGGCAUCGAACAGACUGAGAUGUAUCUACCGAAUGCCAGUUACGCAACAAGCAUUUUAACCAAGAAGGGUGUGAGUAGCUCUAGAAUCCCAAGGUCCAAGUUCCCUUAUUUUUUAAUGACUUGCCUUCUCCAACCCCCAUAAUGCACACCAUUAUCAUCACCACCAUCACUUUCUAGAACCAUCACCAACUCUUGGACUGUGGUUUUAAACCAACUUUAAAAUCACAGGAAUUACAGUGAAUGGAAAGGAAUAAGCAGGGGGCCUAAAAACAGGUUUGUUUGCAGCAGUAGUCUGUUCGCAUGAUGUUGUAAUACUUCUGUAACUUGGGCCAGAAAGUGGCCAUGUUAAAUAAUAUAGCAUUAAGCUCACUUUUACAAUCUAAAAGGAACUAAUAAAGCCAGGAAACCCUUCCCAUCCUCCUUCAAAGCCCUCAUACCACAUAUAUAAAUAGAUGUAAAAAGCAUAGAAAGAAUAUUUCAAUGACUUUUUCAGAAGGACCUUGAUGUAUGUAUUAUUGUAAAAUGAAAAUCAAAAUGAAACAGUAUUUAAAAGUGAAAGAGCAGAGUUUUGCUCUGCUGAAAACUCCUUCCAUGAAGAACUGACUGCUGCUAAAAUUAAUUGGCCCUUAGAUGGGAAGCCCUAAGCCAAGUGCCCACUUACACAGCGUCAAACAUCCCAAAGCUGAACCAUUUUAUACCAGUCAGAGGAAAGGUAUGCAACAAUAGCCCAAGUGUCAUUGCCAAGAAACAUCUGAUACUUUCUAAUUUCUAAAUCCCAAUGGAAGCGAAUUUCACUGAUUCUCAGUUCUGAAACUCCCAACCUGCUUGGAUUUCCAUUCCAAAUAACUCAAUGAGAAGUUUCCAUAGAAAUAGUCACAGAGCUCAAGAGAAAGAACACUUGCUUCUGCUGUAAAGUAUGUAAGAAAAGAGAAUAUUCUCUAUUCCUAAUUGCAUCAAGAAAUCCAGGGUCUAAUACCAAAUUUGGCAAAUGCUUGGAGCAACUCAAGGUUAACUAAGUGAGGUUUCACUGGCAAUGAGCUAUGUUACUUAUAAAUUAUAGCACUAUAGUUCCAAGGUAUUUCAGCCUUUUGGCCAACACACACACACACACGCACAAAACCCUUCAUCUAUCAACAAUCUAAAUACAUAAACAAAUGCAGGUCAUUUUUAUCAAUGGCCUAACUAAAUUUAUAUUUAAAAAAACAAGACAUUUUAAAAAGUGCAUACUCCUGUUAGUUUGUAAGUCAUACACAUUUAUCUCUUGUCUUCAACGCAAGUAAACUGGUGUUUUAAGAGUGAAUUUAUUUUUCUUUGCUACUCAUUACCUGACCACUCUCACUCCUCUAAAUGCCUUUAGGAAUAAACCUUGACUGUCUCAAAUAGAUUCUUCCAAGAGCUUUGGUGUUGGUACCUUCCUUUCCUUUCCCAAUGCAACUGAAAAACUGGACAGAAAAUUUAAUCACUUAAAUAGCCAUCCUCAGAGUGAAUUAGCAUUUUAGUUUUGGGAGAUGGGGAUGGAAGUAGAAGGUGCACGAGGCAUCCUAAGAUGGAGGUUUGAAUGUUAGCAUCACAUCUACACGCUCAUAAAAGGAAGUGCUUCAGGCCAAUGAAUCAGUUCAUUGUGCUUCCCCACUGAACAGCUCCGACUGCCUUGAACUUCUAACGACUGUGAAAGCCAGGACGUUCUUCUAGUUCCUCCUUCUGGUCACUUGAAGUUCAGUCUUCUUUUCCUGCCUGGUAACUAAGAGCUGAGAUGUUUACUUGGCAAGAAAACUGUGAUGAUACCUCCAGUUGUAGCAGAAAGUUGCGGCAUUUUAAUAAUAAAAUCUACAAAGUUACAACCCAAAUUAUACAAGACAUCAAUACACUCGAUAAACAAAUAUAUAUUUCACCUACUUAAAUCUUACUCAUAUGAAUAAUAGGCCUUUUGUUUAGUACACUGAUUAUUUUUUAAGGAACCAAUUUAAACUUUCAAUUUUAAAUACAUGGAUGCUGACUAUAGACUUUCAGGUAUACACAACCUUCUCUUUUAAAAGUUAAAUACAUUCCACUCUUAACUGAACUUCCAUGAAGCAAUAUUAAUUUUAGAGCAUGGUAGUCCAUAAUCAGUGGUUCAUUGUGAUGUGAUUUAUCCAACAUGUAUUUUUAGUGCAUGGUUGAGAAUGUACUAUGUGAUCUUUUAGUUAACAGUGUGGCAUUUGUGGGACUAUAUUAAAAGCAUAUCCAAACUACCAAGCUGUACCAAGCUGAGGUAGCACCUGCAUGUGAAAAACUGUGAUAUGAAUCUUAUUUAUAAAAAGUCUUAACUAAAACCCUUCUAGACCAAAAAGUUACUGUAUGUUUGUUAAUAAUCUUCAUAGUACUACUGGAAUGCUCAGUCAGGUACUUUUGGUGUGGCAUACUCGGGAACUGGCCUGUCUGUAUGAAGAAUCUUUUCUUCCACAAUUACAGUCUGCAUGACUAGAACCUGGAAUUCCAUUCCUUUGCCUGUAUAGUCACUUAGUGUGCUGUCUGGGUGCCACAUGGACAAUUACACCCAUGUGGCCUUUCUGUCACUCCCUGGAAAAUGCAGCCUUUACAGCUCUGCUCAGCUCUGCCUGUGUGUGUUGACUACCUUCACUUCAGUAGUUUGCCUGUAAAAUGAUGAAGUCUUUUUGAUAUGCUGAACCUUUGAGCCAGCUUUUGGGAGUUCUUCAUAUUUUAGGUGAAUUUUUGACCAAAGUCAAUUAAAGACAUAACCUAUUUUAUAUCCUGGAAUUUACUGGGACAAAUUAGCUAAAAGAUAAAGUUUAUGACCAGAAUAAAAAAGCUUUUACCCCUGCACUGCACCAUAUCUAAAGGGCUCUAGGUUGUAGAAAUACAGUAUCCCCAAACUGGGAAAACCCAAGUUGGGGGAUUUGUCUAAAAUGUAUCUACCUAUUGUUACCGGUCUUUCACACAUAUUUUUUCUUAAAAGCAUUUACAGAAAUGCUUGACACUCCAGUCAAAAAAUAUUUCCCUUUGACAGAUUGGAAUAUUUGCUCUUAGAUUACACACACAGUGCUGCCCUUCUCAACAAUCACUCAUAGGCUCACUAGCCUGAUACAAAGGUAUCAGGUAAACACUGAUACUUUUUCUAGAAGGGAAAAGUCCAUCUAUGGUGCUUUCUUAGUGCUAGGGAAAAGGGACCUUUUACUAUGUUCUAAUUAUAACUCACAUCUUACUUACAAGGUCCAUGAAAUGGGUUCUUCACACUGAUUUAAUUUGAUUAGUCUGUGCACAUAAUUAAUUUCCUCUAAACAGAGAGAGUGGAGGGGAAAUACAUUUUGCAAACAUUCUAGAUAACAGAAAUGAGUUAUUUUAAAACCUCACUCAGAGCUCGAGUAUUAAGAUCAGACCAUCUAGCUAGCGGACAAACUGAACUUUCUAUUUGCAGUUCUCUUUUACUUUCUGACUUUCUUGUAAAUUAUUGCAGUUUUUAAAAACACUGUCCUCAUGGAACGACAGAACCAAGAAUAGAAAAUGAGACUCAAGUUUCACCAUUUACUUCCCAUCAGCAAUCAUUAUUGGUGGAGUUUAAAACAGUCAUUACUUGCUGAAAUGAGGUUUGAGGUUACCUGUGUAUUUCAUUCACCUGUGUUCAUAUUUCGUUCAUCGUGGACAAGUGAGAAUUGGCUGUGGCUUUAUUUCUUGAUGCAAAUUAUUUUGCAUUCAUGUUAUUUGGGGCUAGGUAUUGCUUAGGUUCGUGAAUGCUGUUCUUACAGACACAGAUGGAACAUGAGCCACUCAGACACCUGCCCUUUCAGGGACUUGAGCAUGACCUACAUCUGUCUAGUGGUUCCAUACUUCUUCUUGUAAAAGUAAAGUUUGGGUAUUGUUUGCUGUAUCAAUAUGAUGGCUUUCCAUGCAUUAUCUCAUUAUCCCUAGAAUACGUGCUGAAGGAAAACUGUCCUGUAAUUCCUGUUAAUAUAUUGUUAAUGUCAGACGUGAUGUGAUACCGUUGGACUGUCCAAAUGUACAACUAUUUAAUGGUGUUUGUAGAACUGAAAUGUCUUAAAUGUUGCAUGAAAUAUGUUAUAAAAUAGAUUUGUUCUCUAUUUUCAACACCUCAGAAUUGAGGGUUCAUGGGCCAAUAAGUGCAAUAUUUAAUGACUUACUCAGUGUAUAUAAACUAGUAUGAAAGAGUGAAUUAUACUGAAUGUGUGAGAUGCUUUGAUAGCUAUGUGACUUAUUCAAAUGAUUUUCUUGUAGCUGUAUUUGUCUCGUGGUGCAAUCUAUACAGUAAAUAUCUUAUUGGUGUCAUGUAAAACUCCUCUGUGCCUACUUCAAAAUACUUUUUUCUUAUAAAACCAAACAUUUAGUAUCUGGAAAUAUAUGUCAAUUUUAUCUUUUAGAAUUGUGGAUUUUAUUGUCAAGACAGAAUGGCUGUUCAUUUAUUUUAUAAAAGCAUCUCCUUCUAUAACUCACACUUUAAGUGUCAUAUAAAAUUGUACAUUUUGCUUUUAAGCAACUAAUUUAGAUACCUAAGAAAAACUAUGUGCAUCAGGAAAAGUCAUGUUUUUCUUUGCAGAAAGGUUGAUCACAUGGUAUGUCUACUAAGAAUUUUCACCUCUAUUUGUAUGUAUAUUUUAUUGCUACUCAAACUUGUAUUUUAUUUACAAAUUCAACAAUGUCAAUGCUGGGAAUUUUAAAAUACCAGUGUAUUUCCAGGUUGUAGCUAAUGUUGUAUUCACUUUCAAUCCUCAGUUGUCCACACUGGUGAUACAAGAGGAACAAAUCAGAAUCCUUGAACACUUUGUAACACCAUCAUAAAUCCAUACAUUCAUCAUCAAACUCCCUUGUUUAAUGCUAAUUGGUGGCCUGAAACUUCACUGAAAUGCAAAAUCAAGAACUUAAGCCUAGCUGCUGGAUAACUAAAAGCUAUAAAUGUUUAUUUAUGUGAAUUUUUAAAGUAUGGUAACCAUCUUAAACUCCUACUUGCCAUUUCUCUUUUUAAGGUAAAGCAUUCAUUUUAAUAUUGUACUUUGUCUUUUCAUUCAGUUAGUGGAGUAAGUCAUGAAACCCUUAGGAAGAAAAACCAAUUAUGACUUACUCACUAAAAUCGAUGCAAGACAGUAAAUUCUAGAUGACCAUGGCCAUGUGUUCAUCAUAUUUAAGCCUUCAGUUCUCUCUAUGGAGCUUGGUUGAAGAUUGCCAUGUGAGGAUGUGCCAAUCAUAUUAAAUGGAUUUGGUCUAUGUGGGUGAUAUGUGGCCUGAAUGUAACUGUGAUAGACUGAAAUUUGUUCUUAGCUCUCAAAACCCACUGAAGAAGUCAAGUGAAGGUGGGUAAAAUAGAGAGAUUAGUGACAACUUUGUGCCAAAUUUUUACAGAAUGGAAACAGGUAGCCAACAUUAGAAUGAUAACUUAAGGGUGUGGUUGAAUGUUUAGUUAGUCGUCACAUAGUUAUUGAACCCCAUAUGCUCAGUGCUGUGGGAAUCAAACAUGGAAGAGGUAUGGCUCCCGCCCCUAAUGAGAACAAGGGACAAAAAUCUAGAUGUAUUCUAAAUGCUAGGUUAUGUCAGGGUUUAGAAGCACAGAGAAGGGGGACCUGUAAGAACUGGAAGAGUCAGAGAGAGCUCCAUUGAAGAGGUCAAACAUAAUUCCAGAAAUAAUUAGGUACUAAGGAGACUGUGCCAGGAGAAUAAGUGGGAAAGGCUGCAGUUAUGUUUCCUUUGAAUGGAAGAGGGCCAAAGCUAUCAGCUAUAGAUUCACUGUUUUUCUUAAGAUAGCCAAACCGGCCCUUUGCAACCACUCAAAUUGCCCCAGUUUAGCUCCCUACCUUUUGUUCUCCGUGAGGAAGACAAGCUGUUGUAUCAUUAUAUUCCUCUGUGCUGAGCCACUCAAGACUCAGCCACGAUAUGUAAAUUGCUUUAAUGCCACAUUACAGCAGUUGCUUUAGACAUUUGCCAGUGCACCAAACCAUGAGAGAUUGUCUGACCUAAUGCCACCCGGCAGAUGUGUACCCAGAUAUUUUUCUGUAGCUCCAUGUUUUCCCGUAAAGGGCAUUGGAAAUGCACAGAUGAAGAUCUUCCUUUGGAACCAGGCACUUUUGGCCCCUUCUCAGUGACUGCACUGUGGAACUCUUCUUAAGAAAAUAUUGUAAACAGCUUAAUGCUUUCAUAUAGUGACUGACAUUUAGUUGAAAACUACUGCUGCAUAGCAAAUAUUGUGACUCUUCAUGUGUCCACAGGAGCUCUUGUGUGGGUUUAAAGCUAUGAAGUGUAUUCACAUUGUGAAGUUUUAAUUAUCUUUAUUGAAAUUAAUUGUGCAAAAAAUGGUAUGUGCUCUAUUAGGUAUUCAGUUUGUAUGUGAAUUCUGUAUAGAAAGUGGUUUUUGUUCUUUGAGUUUACCUUGUUUAAUUUCUUGAAGAUUACAAUAAAUAAGAGACUAUAUUCCUGAA